AUGAACUCCACCCACCACCAUGGCAUGUAUACUUCCCUCCACCUCUGGAACCGCAGCAGCUACGGCCUGCACGGCAAUACCAGCGAGUCCCUGGGGAAGGGGUACUCUGAUGGAGGAUGCUAUGAGCAACUUUUUGUGUCUCCCGAGGUGUUUGUGACUCUGGGUGUCAUAAGCCUGUUGGAGAACAUUCUAGUGAUUGUUGCAAUCGCCAAGAACAAGAACCUGCACUCACCCAUGUACUUUUUCAUCUGUAGCCUGGCUGUGGCAGAUAUGCUGGUGAGCGUUUCAAACGGGUCGGAAACCAUCGUCAUCACCCUGUUGAACAGCACCGAUACGGACGCGCAGAGCUUCACCGUGAAUAUUGAUAAUGUCAUUGACUCUGUGAUCUGUAGUUCCUUGCUCGCGUCCAUUUGCAGCCUGCUUUCCAUUGCCGUGGACAGGUAUUUCACUAUCUUUUACGCCCUCCAGUACCAUAACAUUAUGACGGUUAAGCGGGUAGCGAUCAUCAUAAGUUGUAUCUGGGCGGCGUGUACGGUGUCGGGCAUCCUCUUCAUCGUAUACUCGGACAGCAGCGCUGUCAUCAUUUGCCUCAUCACCAUGUUCUUCACCAUGCUGGUCCUCAUGGCCUCUCUCUAUGUCCACAUGUUCCUGAUGGCGAGGCUUCACAUUAAGAGGAUCGCUGUCCUCCCCGGCACUGGUACCAUCCGUCAGGGUGCCAACAUGAAGGGAGCAAUUACGCUGACCAUCCUGAUUGGGGUCUUCGUGGUCUGCUGGGCCCCUUUCUUCCUCCACUUACUGUUCUAUAUCUCUUGCCCUCAGAAUCCAUACUGUGUGUGCUUCAUGUCUCAUUUUAACCUGUAUCUCAUCCUGAUCAUGUGUAAUGCCGUCAUUGACCCCCUCAUUUAUGCCCUCCGGAGUCAAGAACUGAGGAAAACCUUCAAGGAAAUCAUCUGCUUCUACCCCCUGGGAGGCAUCUGCGACUUGUCUAGCAGGUAUUAA